GGUGGAGAUGAAGGAUAGGGUUUUGGAUUUGGUGGUGUUGUGUUGGGGCGCGGGGUUUAGUUAACGUUGUGUAAAGUAGGCUGUCGUUUGCUGGUUCCAUGACGUACCUACAAUUAUGUACCUACCUAUGCAGCGAAGCCACCGUUUUCGGUUCGCGCGCGCUGCCGGCAGUCUAUUUCGUCGGUAUCGAUUAAGCGUAAUGUAUAUAUGUAUGUUCUCUCUUUCUUUCUCUCUCUCUCUCUCUUCUCCACCGUCCCUCUCUAAUCGUCAACUCUAUACCCAACCCAACCCCAACUCCAAAACCCACCAAACCAAACCAAACCAAUCCCAAACCAAUCCCACGCUAUGCAAACCUAAAAAAAAAAAAAAAAAAAAAAAAAAAAAGGGGCACCGGAUCCCACAAUCCAAAAGCUUAACCCACCAACCCAAUCAUACCCAAACCCAAUCGCGUCCCCGCACCCUCAUCAACAUAGCAAUCAUCACACAUACUCUUCCAACCCCCAAAGAAAAUCAAGGCGACAGCACCACCCCCCCAUCCACAGCCUCGCACAGCAACUGCGUCGAGAGGCCCAGCUCCUUCAACGGCGGCGGCUUGUGUUUCUGCAUCUGCGGUCGUUGAUACUGCUGCUGCUGCUGCUGCUGCUGCUGCUGACUC